AUGCUAGAUAUCAAAGCAUUAGCGGUCCCAACUGCAGCAGACAACACGGAACAGAAAAUUCUGGGUGCGUUUAUUUGGAAGAUUCCACACAGGCUAGGCGCUUGCACAAUUGAGUGCCGUUCGUGUGGCGCAUUGCAUUGGAUGGAAGAGUCAGCCAUCGUGGACCGGAAACUCCUCAACAUCAGUUUCUCCAGUUGUUGUCAAAAGGAUAAAGUAACACUGCCUGUUGUGGAUGAUAGUUACCCCGGAUAUCCUCUCUCGCUGCAGUCUCUCUUCAUGGGCGAAACGGAAGAGUCCAAAAACUUCUUAGAUCUAAUUAGAAUGUAUAACAAUUCAAUCAGCUUCACUUUGCUGGGUGCAAAGGUUGAUUCCACCGUUCAAGGCCAAAAAGGAAUCUACGUUUUCAGAAUCAACGGCGGCCUUACACACCGGAUUUCCAGUAUUGAGCCAGUCGAGGGCAGCGAGCCAGCAUACGCACAAAUCUUUGUGGUGGGCGAAGGGGGGACCGAAGAAGCAGAGUUGCGGAUGAAUAAGGCUCAAGGCAAAGGUGGGGCUAGAGGAAGAGGGAGUAGGCUCUGCGUGAAGAAUAUCAAAAAACUGGUUGAUUUUCUGGACAGUUACAAUCCUUAUGCGGUGCUGUACAGGUGUGCACAAGAGGUCCUUCAGCAAACGAACGCCAAAACGUUAGCUCUUCAGGGGGUUCAACACCCAAGUGGAGAUCCCAAACGGUACAAUCAGCCUUCCGUUGACGAGAUUGCAGUGGUAAUUCACGGUGACGGCGAUACAAUAGGGGAACGACAGAUUGUCCUUCACCGGAACGAUGGGCUACUCGACAUCAUUUCGGACGUCCAUUCAUCUUACUUCCCAUUAAGAUAUCCAUUGUUCUUUCCUUAUGGCUCUCAGCAAUGGGACAACCUGUAUCAAGCGUGGACUGGACGUGUUAAUGGCAGAAAGGUUGGCUCUUUGGAAUGGUUUGCAUUCCUCUUGUUCGAGCGCAAAGAAGACUUCUCCCCAAUUCUAGCCGGGAGGUCACUGUUCCAAGAAUUCUUGGUGGACAUGUACGUUGUCGUUGAAAGAUCCCGCCUCCGAUUUAUCACUUUCAACCAAGGAAAAUUGAAGGCAGCCCAAUAUGACAAGUUGAUAUCGUUGAUCGAUGGAGUUGCGCCCAGUUGUGGAAGGCGAAUUAUCCUACCAUCGUCAUUCAUUGGGAGCCCCCGGUACAUGCGCCAACUAUAUCAGGAUUCAAUGGCUAUUUGUCGGAAAUACGGCCCGCCUUCGCUUUUCAUAACAAUGACAGCAAAUCCGCGGUGGAAAGAGAUUCAGGACCAGCUGAAGCCAGGCCAGAAAGCUUAUGAUAAUCCAACAGUUGUCGCUCGAGUUUUCCACCUUAAGUCAAGGGAGCUGCUGCAUCAACUUGUAAAGCUUAACCGUCUCGGGAAGGUUGUCGCUUAUGUUUUGACAAUUGAGUUCCAGAAAAGGGGUCUUCCUCACAUUCACCUGAUGUUGACACUGGACGAGAAGGACAGGCCCAUUACUCCAGAGAAAAUCGACUUGUUGGUCAACGCCGAAAUCCCGAAUAAAGACGAUGAGCCUAAACUCCACUCAUUAAUCUCAGAUUUCAUGCUCCAUGGGCCUUGCAAUGGAAGAGCUUGCUGGACAGAGAAAGGCUGUCGCCUUGGCUUUCCGAAACCACUCACACCAAGGACAGUCACAGUGGACGGCACAUACCCUAUCUACAGACAAAGGGAAAAUGGACCUACCAUUCAAAAAUUCACCACACAGUUCGAUAAUGGUUCUGUGGUUCCAUUCAACAAAUACCUCUCACUGAUGUUCGAAUGCCACAUAAACGUCGAAGUGCCGGUCAGCUCAUCAGCAAUCAAGUACCUCUACAAGUAUAUAACUAAAGGACACGAUCGGUCUUACCUCAAGAUUCAGGAGGAAGAUGAAACGAAAGCUUUUGUUGAUGCCCGGUAUAUUUCUCCCCCAGAAGCUGCUUGGCGUCUGUUGAAAUUUUCACUCUCUGAACGAUAUCCAGCCGUAACGAGGUUAGCACUUCAUGAAGAUAAUGAACAACUUGUUUACUUCGACAGUGAGGAAUCGGCUGUUGGUCAAAUCAAGUCAGGAAGUGCAGAGAACACCAUGUUGACAGAAUUUUUCCGCUUGAAUGCGGAGAAUGGACGGGGCGCAGAUAACCAAAGUGCUCGGACCUUAUUUUACGAGGACAUUCCGGCUUACUUUUCGUGGAGCAGAAGUGAAAAGAAAUGGAAGCCACGGAAGACUAAAUCUGAAGCCGUGGGUCGCAUCUACGGAAUCUCAUAUCUGGCGGGCGAAAAAUUUUAUAUGCGAACGCUGCUCCUUCACCGGAAGAAUAUCGUCUCUCAUGAAGAUCUCAAAACAGUAGGAAAUCGUAUUGCAGGUUCGUAUCAAGAAGCAUGCAACUGGCUAGGACUGCUGGUGGACGAUACGUUGUACCAUGCGACUUUAAAUGAAGCAAGUUUUGUGCGCUCGGGUUUCCAAUUAAGUCAACUAUUUGCUAUGAUAUGCGUUCAUACCCCUCCGUCCGCUCCAAUGCAACUCUUUGAAGACCAUUAUGAAAAUAUGACCGACGACAUCGUAAGGGUUGAUAUGAAAUUUCGGGAUAGCGAGACUCUAACACUGGAUGAAAGGCGUCUACUGGGUCUUGCAAGAAUUGAUUCAAUGUUACAUGAGUUGGGUAGCAAUCUUCAAAGAUGUGGUCUCGUCACUUCAGCGGAGGAAUCAUCAUUCUUGAUGAAUAUUCAUGGAAAUGAACCAAUCAUCGAAUCGAUUGAGCUCAUCAGGGAUCGGUUAGUUGCCAACCUGUCAAGAUUUAAUGAAGAUCAGCUAUACAUCUAUACACAAGUCAAACGGUGCCUACUGGCGAGAAAGGGCCAACUCUUCUACAUUGACGGUCCUGGGGUAGUGGCCUCCUCGGGAGUGGCGGCACUUCUCUUGAAGGGCGCUGCCGUUUGGAGGGAAGGUCCAACAGGAAAAGAAGCGAAGCGAAACCGGGCUUUUGCCAGAGCAUUACUCGGAAUCGGGGAGGGAAGAACCAACACUCAGGAGAAUGAUGUGAUCAAGCCAAAACAUCUUCACAUAAUGAGCUUUUCUACUCCCCAGGAAAGCCGUAAAGCACUAAUAAAUUUCGUCUACGAACACCUCGCAACCUAUGCAGGUCGACCACCAUCCGAAAAUGCGGAUUACCUGCAAGACCGGUGCAUUUUGGCACCUCUAAUCAAGGAUGUAGCGAUCUUGAAUGAUGAAAUAACUGCAAUUUUGCCGGGUAUAGGUUUCAUGUCAAAGUCGAUUGAUAUUCCGGACCCUGAAGGAUGGAACAGUCUACCAGAAGAAUGCUUAAAUACACUAUCACCACCUGGCCUACCAGAGCAUCGAAUUCUACUGAAAGUUGGCAUGCCUAUUGUAAUCAUUAGAAAUCUUUAUAUCGCAAGAGGAGUGUGUAAUGGAUCGAGGAUGAUUGUCAAGGAGGUUGGGGAAGGAUUCAUCUUGGUCCGUCCAGCUUACGCGAUGUCGAUCAACAAGUCUCAAGGUCAAACAUUGGCGUGUGUUGGAGUACUUUUGGAGACUGAUUGCUUUGCCCAAGGUCAACUUUAUGUCGCCCUUUCAAGAGUAUCAAAUCGGAGGGCUGCUUGUAACUUGGAGGGCCUUGCGGGAGGGGGAGAGGGUUAUGAGGGAUUGGCACUCCCACUCCCCCAAAAUGAAUAUCAAAGCUUUUGA